AUGUUUAUUCUUCAAAGAUUCUCAUUUUUUAUUUUAUUACUUUCUAUUAUCUAUGUUUCUGCAAAUAAGAAAUCAAUAGGUUUUCAAGGUACUAUUGAUGAUGAUGAUGCGUAUUACGAUGGUGAUCAACAAGAGCCAGUACAUGUUAAUCUAUUGCAAACAAUUGAUUGUUCCUAUCGGUGUCCACCAUAUUGGAGUGAACCAAUUUUACAACAAAAACAAACAUUAGUUUAUCCGACAUCAGCAUUUGUUUCACUUAAAUGUCCUUAUAAUGCUAAACCAAAAGCAAAAAUAACGUGGUUUAAAGAUGGAAAAUUAUUUUCACCAGAAUUAUAUGAGAUGUUUUCAAUUGACAACAUGUAUUUAAAUAUUUCGAAAAUAACGAUGUAUGAAACCGGAUUGUAUACGUGUAUCGUUGAAAACAGUCUAGGAAAACUGAACCGAUCAUUUCAAUUGAUUGUACAAGGACGUAGUCUUGACCGACCAAUAUUUAUAUCUAAAUCAACAAACUUAACUCGCUAUGAAGGUGAUAAUGUCACAUUGGAAUGUUUAUUUUAUUCGGAUUCAAGUCCAUUUGUUCAAUGGUUUCUUCAACGGAAAUCAAAAAACAACGGCCAUAAUCAUUCACAACAAAAUGAAUUAGAAUUUGUUAAGGAAUAUAAUCCACAUACAAUGACUGAAGAUGAAGUGAAAUUAUUAAAUAUUAAAAGUGUGAAAGGAAACGAUACAGGUGUUUAUCUUUGUCGUGUUUUAAAUGAAUACGGUUUCAAUGAUUUAAUUCAUUAUCUUACUGUUUUGCCUAAUUCUGAACGUCCACUAUUAUUAAAAUAUGGUUCAACUAAUAAACAAAAUUAUAUAUCAAGUCGAUUGUCUGACGAAUUAAUGAUAUUAAUUGGUUGUAUUAUUGGAAUCUUACUUUUUGCAUUUCUAUUCUUUCUUAUUUAUCAUUUUCGAAACGAAAAAAGUCUACAACAAACUUUAUUAGCAACACGCAUAUUGGCUACACGCGGUAUUAGUAAUUUAAAACCGAAUCAAUUGUAUCGAAGUGAUAUUGAUCCGAAAACAAAGAAACUAUUAAUUGACGACAAUUGCCAUCGCUUUGCAACUGACGGAACAAUAUCUACUCUGAUUUCAUCGUACUAUGAUGAUCAAUGUGAAUUUUCUCGAGAAAAUCUUACAGUUGGUCAUUUGAUUGGUAAAGGAGCAUUUGGCUUUGUUUAUCAAGGUGUAGCCAAGGGUAUUAAUUCAAAAGAAAAAGUAACAACAGUGGCAAUAAAAACAGUUCGAGAUGAUGCAACACCGGACGAAGUUGAAAGUUUACUUAAAGAAUUAUCAGUAAUGAAAAUGGUUGGUAAACAUAUUAAUAUUAUAUCAUUGCUUGGCUGUUGUACAAAAGGAGGUCAAGUUAUGCUGCUUGUAGAAUAUGCCAAGUAUGGCAAUUUACGCGAUUAUCUACGUCGUAAACGUCCGCCUGGCCAUGUUUUAUCAGGUUUAUAUGAGACACCAUCGGAUACGGAUAACAAUGAACAUCAAACUAUAAUUCAUGAUGACGAUUAUAUACGAUCAUUAACAACCAUCGAUCUAAUUUUAUUUUGUUUACAAGUUGCAUCUGGCAUGGAAUAUUUACAUUCAAAAAAAUGCAUCCAUCGUGAUCUUGCUGCUCGAAAUGUUUUACUAGCAGAAACUCGUAUUUGUAAAAUAGCAGAUUUUGGACUUGCAAGAGAUUUAACACAAACGUAUUAUUAUAGAAAACAAACGGAUGGCCGUGUACCAGUUAAAUGGAUGAGUCCAGAGGCAUUAUUUGAUAGAAAAUUUUCAACAAAAAGUGAUGUAUGGUCAUAUUCUAUAUUAGCAUGGGAAAUAAUGACCUAUGGUGGUACACCAUAUACGUCUGUAGCAGCAGAGAAUAUGUUUGACUAUUUACGAGAUGGAAAUCGUAUGAGUCAACCAAUUAAUUGCCCAAAUGAUAUCUUUCAAAUCAUCGAAUCAUGUUGGUCAUUUAAAGAAUCAUUACGACCAACAUUUACACAAAUGUGUGAAAACCUUCGACGUUAUUUAUAUGGUUCAUCUCCAAUCGAUUAUUCUGAUCUCGAUUAUGUCGAUUUUCCACCAAUAUCAUCACCAUCGAUGAGUGAUUUUGCAUCGACAUCAGUUUUACCUGCAUCAACGUCGGGUAUUGCAAGUGAUACAAAUAGUCAUAGUCAUACAACGACAACAGCCACAUCAUCAUCGUCACUUUCUUAG